UACUUUUUACAAUCUUCACUAUUUCUCAUCAAAUGCUGUGUUUGUAUCCUUCAUACUACAACUUCCCUCAGAAUAUAAACAACAAAAACAGCUCUCUCUUCUCUCUUGUCGUGAUCCUUUCGCCCGCACACCUCCCAAAUCUUCUCCUAAAAGUAGGCGGUAAUUAUUAGUGGAAAAUGGCGUUGCGCUAUUAAGUCGCCAAAGCGCUACCUGCUAUUGGAGGGGCACCUGGGAUUGAUGAGGCGCGGCGGCCAAUGAGACUGCGAGGAAUGAAUGAACGCUCUCCAGUUAAAGGGGGCGGAAGAGGAGGUAGAGCCAGUCCACGGAGAAACAGGGACCCUCCGCGAUAAACACGGGCAAAGCCAGAGAAAUAAAUACGUGCGCGUUUGGGAACGGCGUUUUUUGAGAUGCCCCAGCUACUGUCUCUCUGCUGUAUGCAGAAGGCACCUAGUACGAUAAUUAUUUAAUUCUUCGAGUCGAUUUUAACGCAAAAAAAAAAAAAAACAAAACAAAAAAAAAACUGCCGUAGUCAAGAGAAGAGGACACGAGGAAACUCUUGGAUUUUUAAGUCACAAGUAAACUAGAAGUAAAUUCAGUGUUCGAUACGCCGAGAUUCCCUCUUUUAUUUUUAUUUAUUUUUAUUUUUUGCAUUUUUCUCUUUUCUUUUCUUCUCUUUUCUUUUCUUUUUUCAACUCUUGAGCGGAGCAGCGCUUUGAAACACGCCUGAUAUGUUGUUUCCAAGGCUGGAAGUUCAAUCGUCGCGUGCCAGCACCGAGAUUUGAUUUUUCCGUCUUCUUCUUUUACUAAUUUGCUGUAGCUUCGAGCUCUGCGCUGGUGUUUUAUUUUAUUUUAUUUUUUUAAAAAAUCGCUUUGAAGACAUAAUGCUACUGGAUGCUGGUCACCAGUUCCCAGGACUCGGAGUGGGCUCGUUUGCAAGGCAUCACUCAGCCAGCGAGAUGCAGGAGAGAGACUUGAGUUUGGCACAAAAUAGCUUUGUUGACUCUGCACACAUGGGUGCGUUUAAGCUGAACCAUGAUCUCUCCCCAGGACAGAGCUCUGCCUUCACCACCCAGGCGCCGGGCUACCCCGCAGCGGCUCUGGGGGCUCACGCUGCCCAUGUCACCUCGUAUGCAAGCUCUCCUUUCAACUCCACCAGGGACUUUCUCUUUCGUAGUCGCGGCUUCGGAGAAUCCUCUCCGGCGAGUAGCCAACAUACUAUUUUUGGCCCCACGGCGGGAUCCCUUCAUCACUCCCACACAGACACUCAAGGCCACAUUCUGUUCCCCGGGAUCCACGACCAGCAUGGGUCCCACGGAUCCCCGAACGUCCUGAAUGGGCAAAUGAGGCUUGGACUACCCGGCGAAGUUUUCGGACGCUCCGACCAAUACCACCAGGUUUCCAGUCCGAGGACCGACCCGUAUUCUGCCGCGCAGCUCCACAACCAGUACGGCUCCAUGAAUAUGAACAUGGGGAUGAACAUGGCAGCCCACCACCACCCCGGUGCCUUUUUCCGUUACAUGAGGCAGCAGUGCAUCAAGCAGGAGCUCAUCUGCAAGUGGAUCGACCCCGAGCAGCUCAGCAACCCCAAAAAGUGUUGCAAUAAAACUUUUAGCACCAUGCACGAGUUGGUCACUCACGUCUCAGUGGAGCACGUCGGUGGUCCGGAGCAGACCAACCACAUCUGCUUCUGGGAGGAUUGCUCCCGGGAGAGCAAACCGUUCAAGGCAAAAUACAAACUGGUCAACCACAUUCGGGUGCACACUGGAGAAAAGCCUUUCCCCUGCCCCUUCCCUGGCUGCGGGAAGGUCUUCGCACGGUCGGAAAACUUGAAGAUACACAAGAGGACGCAUACAGGAGAGAAACCGUUCCAGUGUGAGUUUGAGGGAUGCGACAGAAGAUUUGCAAACAGCAGCGACCGAAAGAAACAUAUGCACGUUCACACGUCGGACAAGCCAUAUCUCUGCAAAAUGUGCGACAAGUCUUACACACAUCCCAGCUCUCUACGAAAACACAUGAAGGUCCACGAAUCCUCUCCACCAGCGUCAGACUCAUCACCAGCAGCCAGCUCUGGUUACGAAUCAUCCACACCUCCAGGGCUGGUGUCACCCACCACGGAGACUCAAAGCAACACCACCCUUUCCCCAGCCUCAGCUGUGCACAACACCACCAACCACAGUGGCCUGUCCUCCAAUUUCAGUGAAUGGUAUGUUUAGGACUAUGCUGAAAUGAAGCAACACACACACGUUUCACUGAGUUUUGGGACAUGUGCACACAGGAGGCACACGAACACUUCUUUAUUUUUUAAUCUUAUUAUUUUGGAUUUACCAGGGAAGAUGAUGAUUACCAACAGAGGAAAAAUAUGUAUAAUAUUUGAGGUGUAUUUCAUAUAAUGUAAAUAAUCACUAAAAGCCCAAAUUCCAUUUGGUUGUGAUAGUUCGUCUGUCUUUGGUGUGUUGAUGUUCCUUCAAUGGUAGCUAUUUCUCUUAACUGGACCUUUUAGUGCACACAUUACAAUAAAAUUGUACUAUAAUGUUGAAUAUUGUGAUCCUAAGGCAAAUUGAUUGUACUAUACUAAACAUCUAUAAACUGGAAAGAGUGCCAAAGUUAACAUUUAACUCAAACAGACCACAAUAUUAUGCUUGUGAAUGUAUAUUUUAGUUUGCUGGGCUUAACUUGUGAUGUUUUGUGCUUUGCAAAUUGGAAUUGUGAAACACUAUCUGGAAGAUUGUGAGGACAAUAAACGUUGUGCCGUUCGAUUUUUUUUCUUUCCUGUAACUACACCCUUCCUUUUGUAAAUAUCAGCUGCCAUAUUUAUCCAUUUGUAAUUAAAUUAUGGUAUUUACUUGCUACAGAUGAAACAGUAUUUAUAAAGAAUGUUUCUUUACUAUAAAUAUGUACAAUUACGAGCUAAACAUGGGCAGUUGUUUCGUUAUGUGCUUUUGUUCAAAGUUUUAAGAGGUGUUUUCUUCCUUAUUGUGAUAAGAAUUUUACUGCAUACAAAUAUAAUAAAAGGUGUUGCAAGUGCUAAAUA